AUGUCCGAAGCUAUAGUAAAUGUAACUGAAUCUUAUAAUACAUAUUCUCAACCUCAGUUAGCUGCAAUUGAUUUAUCUAUUUCAUUUAUUCAUCAAGCAAUUGAUGCAUUAGAUAUUGAUAAUUCAUUAUUAAAUAAUUUAUUAAUUAUAGCUGAUUUUGAUACAUCUCAUGCUGUAGCUAGUGGUCAUUCAUUUUACGAACAAUGUUUACCUAAUAAUUCUCUUUCAAUUGGUUAUUCAUCAACAUCAAUACAAUGUACAAUAAAUUUCUAUGAACAAUUACAAAUUAAACAAAUAACACUUGAAGAAUUUGCACAAAAUCGAACAGAAUUUAUGUGUCCUUGGUGUGAAUCAAUAUUGAAAAUAGCUCUCGAAAUGAAUAAACAACGUUUAAAAGAAGAAAUUAAUCAACUUUUAAAUCAAUAUUGA